GACUCGGGCAACUCCUCCUUGGCCUCCUGCCAUUUAAUGACACAAUCCUACGUACAUGUACAUGUAUGUUCUCGACUUUGAUCUUGAUAGAGUUCCAUUUGCAUGCCAUAAAAGUAAGAAAGAGUAUCACUGAGUACGCGAUGACUGGAUGAUAAGCUUACAAACGCAGGUGACUUUGAGCGGAUCUCAAGAAGAUAACAAAGGGAAAAAAAAUGGACAACCACGUGCAUUCCUACAAGCCAUCCCUCAAGAUAAAGGCGAAGGAUGCAGAGCUCAUGAGAGAACGGACAGAAUCCAUAGUGCGCCCUCGCUCAGUCAGUUUCAUAAAGACUGAAGAGGGUGAAAUGGUAACAAUUGACCUCUUCAAUCAACCCACUGCAGAAGAGAGGACAGAAGAAACACUUGUGAAUGAAAGUGACUUAUAUCUUGCCGCAACGUACAUCAUUGAUGCCAAGCAUUCCCGUAACUACAAGUUCAUGACAGAUCCAAAAAGUUUAAAGAACUAUCACCUGUACAACAACACUUUCAUGCAGCUCGUUCUCUACCUGUUUAUUUUCUUGGACCUCGCGCUGGCUUUGUUUGAGGAGCCAGCGGUGGAGACUUUAGGCAUGCCAUACUGGAGUACCCAGCUGCUUGAGUUGGCCUGUAUUGCUUACUUCAUCUUUCGCAUGGUGCACCAUCGAUCUUUCACUCCACGUAAAAUAUGGUGGACAGAUGCCAAGAAUAUCAUCCUGGUCAUUGCCAUUACGAUUAUGUGCGUGGAUAUGAUAAUCGCCACCAUCCUGGUGGAGGCAAGGGUAACGGAGAAGGUUUUCCGCUGGUCCAGAUUGUUACGACCUCUCUUCGUUGUCAACUUUCCUGAAAUGAGAGAGAUCAGGCGCUCAUUCCGUAACAUCCGUCGUUCAUUGCCAGAGAUCUUGGCUGUGCUUGUCCUCUUGUUUCUAUUUCUUUUCUUGUUUGCUCUGCUGGGCCGUGAACUCUUUGCUGACGAUCAACUGGAGAAAGUCUUAUCAUCAGAGAAGUACUUUGUAAAUUAUUUUGAAAAUAUCUGGGAGCUCUACAUUCUUGUCACCACUGCCAACAGCCCUGAUGUCAUGAUGCCUGCUUAUGAUGCCAGUGGCUUCUACAUGAUCUUCUUUGUUGUGUUUGUCUUGCUGUGUAACUACAUCUUCAUGAGCAUCUUUCUUGCAGUCAUCUACAAGAACUAUCGCAAGCAUUUAAAGAAUGAGGUGCAGACCUCUGUCUUCUUGAAGCGACGGAAGCUGGCCAAGGCUUGGGACAUCCUCCGCGUUACCCAUGAUGGCAAGUUUGUGCUGACAUGGGAACGAUGGCAGGCUGUCAUGAGUUACGUCAUUCCCAAAUACAGCCCGAUGAAGGUCAAACUGCUGUGGAAAGUACUGGAUGAAGACGAUGAUGGCUACGUUGAAAAGCGAGAGUUUCUACGUAUUGUUGACUUGCUUAAUGUCAAACUGUCCACGGUCAAUGCGAGUACACCGUUCUUUCAGAAGUACGUGCCUUCGUGUUACAGUUCAAAAGUCAGUGAAUUCAUCUGCAAAUGCGUCAAACAUAAAUCUUUCCGGUAUUUUUUUGAUGUGGUCAUAGUGGCAAAUGCCAUGCUAAUCAUCGCCGAGCUAGACCAAGCUGAAUGGUUCUUCCUGGCACUCUUCAUCGUCGAGAUCCUUCUCAAGAUGUAUGUCUUCGGCUUUUACAAGUACUUCCACAAUUUCUGGAACAUAUUCGAUUUUGUAAUUGUUUCAACAGCGCUGAUCAUAACCGUCAUUGAAGAAAUUUCAAAAGUAACGCCCAUCGAUUACUCAGGAAAAGCCCUGGACUUCAUCCUCUCCCUACGAGUAAUGCGAAUGCUCAGAGUUAUACAAAGUAUUGAAAGGUACCAGGUUAUCAUAUCUACCAUCACAAACAUUGGCCCAUCAAUUUUGACAUUUGGUGGAGUGUUGUUCGUUAUAUUCUAUGUGUUUGCCAUCGUUGGGAUGGGUGCAUUUCAUGACUUGAUUCAAUACCAUGGCUACCCAAACGAGGGCAGCAAUAUUGAUGCAAAUCGCCUGUACUGUGGAACCAACCUGACAAACUUCACAAAAUCAGAGUUCUACAACCACCACUACUGUAACAACAACUUCAACAACAUCAUCAAGGCAUUUAUUGUCCUGUUUGAGUUGAUGAUUGUCAACCAGUGGCAUGUGAUAGCCAGUGGUUUUGUCCUCGUCACAAACAAGGGUGCCAGAGUGUUCUUCAUCUUUUUCCAUAUUCUCAUGGUGGUCAUCGUUGUCAACAUCUUCAUAGCUUUCAUUUUGGAAGUCUUCAUGGUAGAGUACUCCCUGUCCAAGAAUAAAACUGAGGGCGCCAUUGAAAAGAAGAUCGAUGAGUUGGGACUUGGAGUUGACCUGACGGAGGAAAACCAAAAUAGGGCAAGUAAGCCGGUCAAGAUAGACAAGCUCAACCUCACAAGUGACAUGGAAGGACAGAACUCCAACGCUGCUGAUAAAAAGCCAACUGAUCCUGGAAUACGCUUCCGCAUUGGGAAAAAGUCAAGAAAUGUACAGGUGUCACUGCAGGCCAUGUUUGAAGGGGAACUGGACGAGGAGAACAUGGGGCCCGAGACACUGGACGACAUGGACGAACUCGAUCCCGACGAGAAUGAGCCGGUAGCUUACACCCUCAACAAUGCCGUCUAAUAAUAAGGGGGUAUGUCUGACCUCUUUGAAUGGUGGCAGUAGGGAAUGGUGAGACCUGCCAGAGGAAUUGAGUUGUUGGGCAGCAUGUCUUAAGAACUCACCAGGUGGGUAACAGACUGGUGCUGCUGCAGCUUCUGUUUUCGUGAAGCAGGUUCAAUUCCACUCAUUACCACUGUCGUCAGAUUGUUUCAUUAGAAGUCACUGAGAGGGCACUCUUGCUAGUAAGUGCUCUUAGAGGUAAGGAAUUCUGUCUGUGCCUUGUAUGUUGGAGAUAAAGCGGGUUUCACUUUUACCGCUGCUGCCAGGCUUUGAUUGACCGUUUCGGAAAGGAGAAAUGCCUCUUUUGUAACACCUUGGUGUUUGUACCAGAAAAUCUUUCCGUCAUUUCAACAAGAGUUACAUUGCGUAUAAUCUUACUUGUAAUUAAUCGUGUGUCAUGAUGGUACUCGUCUUUUAAACAUAUUAACUUUGAACUACUGUUCAAAAUGUACAGGAAUGAUGCAUGGAAAGAGGAGAGGAGGUGGGGAAAAAGUCUUCAAAAAGAGUCUUUUCAGUGCAGAUUCUACUGUUCCAUGUGCACUCAAUUUACAUGUGGAUUGCUAUUUUAAACUAACAGGUGUUUCAUUUGCCUUGCAGAUUAGUUAUGGUUAAUAAAUUACUUAAGUUUCAUUUUCACUUUGUUUCAUGAAAUCGGUUGCAAUGAAUGAUCAAUUCAGUAUUCAGUACACUCUAAAGUAAAUAAUAGAUAUUAUUAUUAGACAAGAGGCUUUGUCCUAUAUAUUGCAUCUGUGUAAAUAUGCAUUGUUUAUUCUUGUUUUUCCAAUAGUGUAAUGAAAGCAAUAUUUUUUCAAAUCACAGCUGUAUUGGUUUGAAUUUGAGCACUUAGUAUUCAGUGGCAUAAUGGAUCAUUCUAUAAAUUGGGGGUCCAAUUGUUUCCGUGACCCUGUCACAUCUGACAUGAUUUUGUGUGUUCAGAACACAUUCCGCAAUUUCCAAGUAUAAUGAAUUAAUGCACAUUACCUGCCAGACAAAUAGAAACAUUUUUGAAUUAAUUUCAGUUACAUUUCCAUUUCAAAUUACACUGGUCCAAUGUAUUUGGGGGACAAAAAAUGUCACGCUUUGGGACCCUGACUUUAUAGCACUCAUAUCCAUAACAACCAGUAUUCCCUUAUAUAUUACAUGGCCAGCGCCUUAAACGUAUAGUUUUUGUCUGCAAUUUAUUUAUAUGGGUGAUACUUACGUGCAGUACGCGUGGUUGCGGCUCUUCACAGAGAGAGCAUUGCAUACAGUGCAUAGUGUAUACAUGAAUGUGCACUUGGUAGGUGCAUUGAUGGCUUUUCACACAAACACACAAAGUUUAGGGCCACACCGAUAAAUGCAAAACACUGGUCACAUUGUGUCUUCAGUCAGAUGAGGACAUUUCUGAACUCAUAAGUAACAGUUUUGCUUCUAUAAUAGAAAGAAACUGAAUAGGUUCUCAAAUGGUUAGAUCAAAGUGUAAGACACCCUGAACAGACUUUUUAAGUAUGAACUGAGGCAGAACAUGAAUAAUUCAUCUGUGCAUUUUUACUUUGGACUGACAAGGUACAAGGGCGACUUGUACACAAAGUUUACAAAACGAUUUAUUCAGGAACUGCACAAAAUAAAUAACGAAUGUUUCACAUUCAUGCAUUGGAAAUAAUCAUUUCAUUUGGUAGCAGAUUGAAUUUUAUUCUCCAAUUGGCUUUGCCUCAUGAAAGAGAACAUUCAGUAUGUCACCUUGUGAAAUUAUUCUGACCACUGCACUCAAAAUAUUCAUUAUUUGUGCCAUAAUUCACCUGUUGUAGUAAAGAUUUUCCUUACCGUACAGUUAACAAUUUUGAUGUAUUUUUCCCGCCAUACAUUAACCAUUUUCAUCUGCCCUGUUCUUAAAUGAGCAUUAAUUCUGUUCUGCAUUUAUAUUCUACUUAAAAAAAAAACCAGUUCCUAUAUAGCAUUUCCAUCAGUGUGCACGAUGAAUAAGAUUAUACAUAUAUUGUUUGAAUUACUCGCUUGGAAACCUGUUACAAUUCAUACCUCCAUUGUUGCCAGCAGAUCUAUCUGUACACAAAGAUACAUAAAUACAUGGCCCUUUGCAACUGCGUGGAAGGUAUUGCCUCUGACACAAUAAAUAAUACAGAAUGCAAAUAUAAUUAUGCAAACAUAUGUUGAGUUUACGAACAUUUACACAGUGUGAUUGGCUGUUCUUUGUUUUCCUGCGAGAUGUAAAUUCAUCAGAUGGGGAAGAACCAGUGGCACGGUAAGUUGCCGUUCAUUGCUCUAAAGUCGUAUUGCAAUUAUAAGCCAUCAAUGUGAUCAAUUUUGUGGUUACAUCUGUUGGUACCACCAGCACCAGGAACACUGAUGAUAAUUUUAAAGCAAAAAGUCCUUGAUUGCAGAAAAUAUUGAACCGAUUUGAUGCAUUACAUAUAUAAAAUUUCAAACUUUAAUUUCCGCUUCUAUGUGAAAAUUGGUCUCGUAUUAGAAAUGAAAGUUGAUGUAGUUAGACGUAUAAAGGGUGUUAGAGGAACAUUCUUCAGGGCUCAUACAGAAUUAGUAAUGUGCAGUCAUGAGGUUAGAUCAAGGUGGAUUUUUUUGUUCAUCUCGUGGUUGGCCACACCCUUGCAGGACUUCAUUACAUUCGAAGAAUCCACCAAAUUUGUGGUCUUUUUCACUAUUAAAGUAUUUAUUAUACAAUGUAAAGGAGAAAUGGCUAAUUUUGAUACAUUAUUAUAAAUGUAAGAAAAGUGCUGUUUAUUUUUUCCUGUGUAAGAAAGAAAUUAUUGAAUCUUUAACCCUAACACUCCUCAGUCCUCCAACAGGUGAAGGAUUGAGGAGGGUUAGGGUUAAAGCAGACAGGGAGUAUGUUUCCAAAUUGUCAAGUAGAACUGGUCAGUACGUACUGUCUUAUCGAUGAAGAGAUGUGUAUUCAGUGCGAGUUUCGAAGCACAACUGGCCUGAGCCUGCAUGAGAAUGAAUAAAUGAAAUAUGAAAAACCUGUAAUACUUUUGGUGCAAGAGAUGAAUAGAUAGAACCGCUAUCCGCUCAGUUGGAAUGACCCUGGGUACAUUUCGAAUAUAUAUUUGAUAUUGCUUUGAGUUAGUGGCAUUUGCAAUGUUUUGUACCUGUGCUUUUGAUUCCUCAUGUAAGUUUAUCCAUUUGAAGAAUAUCAAUGUUCAUCGUGUGUUUUAUGCUAGGCGUGAACAAAGUUUUUGAACGUUCAGUGAUUAUACUCAUGUCAUAGUAAAAUAGGCUUUUGUCUGAGCCUAUAUAAUUGGCAAAAUACUGUGAGAGGCAAGUGGGGAUUGUGGAGGUUUAAACGUGCAAGGAGUAAUACGUUGGACGUUUUGCCAAAACUUUGGAGGGUGUGCAUUUAAAGAAAAAAGCAGGGGAGAUUGACUUUUGUCUGGUGGUCAGAUUGUAACAACUUCAUAAUUUAGACUGAAAAAAUGUUCUCUCCUAAUUCAAAGAGCUGAGGGCCAGGGGGUUCUUCAGAAUUUUUUUUGUUCAAAAAAAAAGUUGCUAUUAGGAAAGCAAUACAGUCGUUGUUGUGAAAGCUUACAUUCUUACUGAUUCAGACAUUUGUAAAGAAAAAAACAGGUUUUGCAUGGUACUAUAGUUACUCAGUAUGUAUGCAUAAGGUGGCAAUUCCUAAUAUAGAUCUACACCUUGUUAUCAUAUUAAAAUGUACAAUGAAGACGAGUAAACUGAAUGAUUUAUCUUGACAAGAUUUACGUGAA